UGCAAAGAAAGGGUAUCACUUCUGAUCUCAGACCCAGAACUGGGCAGAUCGGAGGAGCGGUGAGAGGGGAAAGAGAGGGCGAGAGAGACUGGGUGUCCCGUCAAUGAACUAGCCCUCGGAGGAAUCCCCCACUUCGUACUUAUGGCUGUAUGAAAAAAAAAAAUACGUGCUUUUCUUUUUUUUUUCUCUUCUUCUGGGAUCUUGGCCACGAGAGUCCUUUUUUUUCCUCCUCCUGAGCAAAUCUCCAGAAUACUAUUUAUUGUCUCCAUCCACCUCUGUCGUGGAUGCCACUGGCCAUCAUGGAUACCCAUAUAAGAUGGAAAAUAAAACGGAGGAUAAGGGACAUGCACUUUGCCUUAGUAUUAAUUCUUCUUUAUGCAACGUCUCAAGCCAGCUCAGCGGAACCUGCAGAUCUCUUGAAGAUUUUAGAUUUUCACAGUUUACCUGAAGGGGUAACGAAAACAACGGGUUUUUGUGCACAAAGGAAGUCAUCGAAAGGACCCGAUGUGGCUUACAAAGUAUCCAAAGAGGCCCAACUCAGUGCUCCGACCAAACAACUCUAUCCUUCUUCAGGUUUCCCUGAAGAUUUCUCAAUUCUGACAACGGUGAGACCAAAGAAGGGCAUCCAGGCCUUUUUGAUGUCCAUCUACAAUAGCCAGGGCAUCCAGCAGCUGGGAAUGGAGGUUGGCCGCUCACCUGUCUUCCUUUACGAAGACCACAUGGGCAAACCUGGACCUGAGGACUACCCCCUGUUCAGAGGAAUCAACCUAGCUGAUGGGAAGUGGCAUCGAGUAGCAAUUAGUGUACACAAGCAAACCAUCACCAUGAUACUGGACUGUAAAAAGAAGAUAUCCAGAGACCUCGGUAGAAGUCCGCACCCUGUCAUCGAUACAAAAGGCAUUCUCGUUUUUGGAACUAGGAUACUUGACGAAGAAGUCUUCGAGGGAGACAUUCAACAGCUGAUGAUUGUAGCAGACCACCGGGCCGCUUAUGACUACUGUGAACACUAUAGUCCUGACUGUGAGGUGCCUGUCCCAGAUGUCCCCCAGAGCCAGGACCCGAACCCAGAUGAAUAUACAACUGAAGAGGACAAUUAUUACUACGAGUACCCGUACUAUGAAGACAUGGAUGGAAAGCCCUCUGCACCGGAUGAGGUUACAGGGCCCGUGACAGAGGAUGUAAAGGUAGAAGAAGUGAUCCCAGAUGUUGACAGGUCACGACGACAAUCAGGAGGUGGUGACACCUGGAAAGGAAACCAAAAUGGACAGAACAGGCACCAAAGAGGAGGAGGAGGUGACCAGUCCCCUACGAGAGCUAUGACACGGAGUCAUAUGGCUAUGAGAACUACUACGAUGAGGACUGUGGAGACUCCAGAUGUAACCAAGAAUGUUGACAUCAGUAGCAGCAGCGUGGGGCAUGGGACAGUGACAAAUGGCGGUGAGGUGGACCUGGGCUUGGGAAAGAGAUUGACCUAAGCACUGGAAUAGACCUGGAGAAGCAGCUCUCUACAGGAGUAUGGACAUCGGACUGUCACAAGGAACAGCUCUCAUGUUGACAGUUAUGGAGAUACUAUGAUGAGGUUGGUGACCUUAACUACAAUGAAGGAGACUCCAGAACGGGAAGCAGCAGUUCAACCACUUCUGGGAGCAAUUCCGUCAGCAUCGGAGGCGGGUCUGUCAACACUGGAGGUGGUUCUGCCAGCAGAGAGUUGGUUCUGUAGAUAUCGGAGGUGGUUCUGUCAGCAGAGGUGAAGGUUCCACCAGCAGCCGAGGUGGUUAUGACAGCAGAGGAGAAGGCUCCAUCAACAUCGGAGGGUGGUUUUGACGGCAGAGGAGAAGGUUCCAUCAACUUUGGAGGUGGUUCUGACACCAGAGGAGAAGGUUCCAUCAGCUUCGGAGGUGGUUCUGCCAGCAGAGAAGUUGGUUCUGUAGAUAUCGGUGGUGGUUCUGUCAGCAGAGGAGAAGGUUCCAUCAGCUUCGGAGGUGAUUAUGACAGAAGAGGAGAAGGUUCCAUCAGCAUCGGAGGUGGUUCUGCCAGCAGAGAAGUUGGUUCUGUAGAUAUCGGAGGUGGCUCUGUCAGCAGAGGGGAAGGUUCCAUCAGCAUUGGAGGGGUUCUGACAGCAGAAAGAGAAGGUUCUGUCAACAUUGGGAGGUGGUUCUGCAGACACCGGAGGCGGUUCUGUCAGCAGAGGGGGUGGAUCUGUCAGUGUUGAUGACAGUUCUGUCACCACUGGGGGUGGUUCCGUCAGGUUUGGAGGUGGAUCAUCAAGUGCUGGAGGAGGUUCUGCAAGUGCUGCAGGUGGUUCUGGCAGGGUUUCAGGUGGUUCCAGAAGUGCUGUGGGCGGAGCUGGCAGUGCUGCAGGUGGUUCCGCCAGUGCUGGGGGAAGUUCUGCAGGUGCUGGAGGCACUGAAGAUGAAUAUUACACUGAUCUUGAUAAGUUCAAAGAAGAGGAUUAUGAUGGAAACUAUCCUGAUCCCUACUCAGACCUCAAUUAUACAGAUCAAGACAAAGAGUUACCCGUAUCAACUUUUGACAAUUAUGG